CGGAAGUGGCUCGGGGGGGGGGGGGCCCGGGGCCUCCUCAGGUGGAGCCGCCGCCGCCGCCGCUCCCGGACCCCCCUGAGCCCCCCAGGGCCGGGCCGGGCCGGGGGGGCCUCCCGAGCCCGCCCCCACCCCGCCGCCAAAGCCCUCAAAGAUGGAUAUAGAAGACUGUAACGGGCGAGCCUACAUCCCUGGAAUCUGCUCUUCCUGGAAGGUGAGUGGCUGCGUGCGCCCUGCCAGCGACGCAGACAUGCACACGCAGCCCGGAAUCCAGCGCUGUUUCCAAGGAGUUGGAUGUGAUAACACUCCAGGGUAUCUCCAGCAAGGCAGCGGGGAUUCCUCCCUGGAGAAGGAAUUCACCUCGGCGAUCGUGGGCCCCACGGUGAGCACCCCCAACAGCCAGCACUCCUCCCCGAGCCGCUCCCUCAGCGCCAACUCCAUCAAGGUGGAGAUGUACAGCGACGAGGAGUCCAGCCGGCUGCUGUCGCAGGACGAGCGGAUGCUGGAGAAGGAGGACAGUGUCAUCGUGGAGGACUCGCUCUCGGAGCCCCUGGGCUACUGCGACGGGACGGGCCCGGAGCCGCACUCCCCCGGGGGGAUCCGCCUUCCCAACGGGAAGCUGAAGUGCGACAUCUGCGGCAUGGUCUGCAUCGGCCCCAACGUGCUCAUGGUGCACAAGCGCAGCCACACCGGAGAAAGGCCCUUCCACUGCAACCAGUGCGGAGCCUCCUUCACCCAGAAGGGAAACCUCCUGCGCCACAUCAAGCUGCACUCGGGCGAGAAGCCCUUCAAAUGUCCCUUCUGCAACUACGCCUGUCGCCGGCGGGACGCGCUCACCGGCCACCUCCGCACGCAUUCCGUCUCCUCCCCCACCGUCGGCAAACCCUACAAGUGCAACUACUGCGGCCGGAGCUACAAACAGCAGAGCACGUUGGAGGAGCACAAGGAGCGCUGCCACAGUUACCUCCAGAGCCUGAACCCCGAGCCGCAGGCGCUGCCGGGCCAGCAAGGUGAGGAGAUGCGGGACCUGGAGAUCGUGCCCGACUCCCUGCUGCACCCCUCGGCCGAGCGGCCGACCUUCAUCGACCGCCUGGCCAACAGCUUCACCAAACGGAAACGCUCCACGCCGCAGAAAUUCGUGGGGGAGAAGCAGAUGCGCUUCGCCCUCUCCGAGCUGCCCUUCGACGUGAACUCCAGCUUCGAGAAGGACGUGGAGGUGGUCUCUGCCCACCACCCCCUCGACGCCUCCUACGGCGGCCCCCUGUCCCUGCUGGGGGGGGAGCACCUGCGCUCGCUCCGCCUGCCCCCCACAAACUGCAUCUCCGAGGUCACCCCGGUCAUCAGCUCCGUCUACACCCAGAUCCAGGCGCUGCCGGCGCGGCUGGAGCUGCCGGGGGGCCGGGAGGCGGCCGAGGGCCACGAGGAGGUGCCCGACGGGGUGUCGGUGGUGUUCCGGGCCCGGGAGCCCAGCGGGUCUCCCUCCAACGGCUGCCAGGACUCCACGGACACGGAGAGCAUCCACGAGGAGCGGAGCUCGCAGCUGGCGCCCGGGAGCAGCCGGCACAGCCCAGCCUACGCCAAAGAGGAGCCCAAGGGGCCGGAGGGGCCCCCGGGCGCCCGGUGCACCCCCAGCUCCGCCAAAGAAUCCCUGCGGGUGCUCAACGAGGACGGGGAGCAGCUCCGGGCCUUCAAGUGCGAGCACUGCCGGAUCCUCUUCCUGGACCACGUCAUGUUCACCAUCCACAUGGGCUGCCACGGCUUCAGAGACCCUUUCGAGUGCAACAUCUGUGGCUACCACAGCCAGGACCGGUACGAGUUCUCCUCCCACAUCGUGCGGGGCGAGCACAAAAUCGGCUGAACCCCCCCGGGCCCCCCAGCCCAGCCCACCCCCCUCCUCAGUUCUCCCCCUGUCUCUAGCGCAGCCCCUCCAUCCCUAGGGCAUGGAACUGUUGGUUUUUCUUUUAUACUCCUUUGCACUGACUUUGGCUACAAAAAAGUAUUUAAAAAAAAAUUUUUUUCAAUAAUUAAAAAAACAAAAAAAAAAACAACAAAAACAAACCACGAACCAACCGGCCCCGCCGAGGGGGAGCCCUUAAUCUGCCUUUUUAUAAACGGAGUUAUUUAAAUAUUGAAUAUUAACGGACUUUUUUGUGCUUUCCCCCCACCUCCCGAGCCUCCUUCCGUUAUUUAUUAAGCUUUUGAGUUUCCCUUUUUUAUAACUCUCUCGGUUUUUUUACCCAAAGAAAGUCUCAUUUGAACUUUUGAGACUGUUCCCCCCCGUCCUGCCCCGUCGGCUCCUCUCCGAGCCCCUUCCUUGGUGCGAGCCCGGCAUUGCCCGGCCCCAUUCCCGGGCAAAGGAAACCUCAAAUUAGGUGCUAAACCCCCACGGGACCCCCCCAGGCCCCAGCCUGACCCCCCCAGCCCUGAGGGAGCUGCUGCAUCCCGAGCUUUGUCUGGGAAACCCCCGGAGGGGGAUGUGGGGACCCCCAGGCGCCUUCCCAGCUCCCCCCUCGUGGGGUUCAGAGCCCCCCGACCCCACGUGGGGGUGAUGAGGGUCCACAUCCGCCCCAAAAAUGAAGGAUGGAUCCAUCCUGUUCCUGGGAUCUCCUCCUCCUGCUCUUCCUCGGCACAGGCCGGAAUCUGCUGCAGGGCAGGACCCCCCUGGGGGACCCCAGACCCAGCAGGACCCCCCUGGGGGACCCCAGAUCCAGCAGGACCCCCCUGGGGGACCCCAGACCCAGCAGGACCCCCCUGGGGGACCCCAGGUCCGGCCCCCCCUCGCUCCCCCAGCAUUCCCGGGCCCGGGGGGGUCUCUGUGCUCUCUGGUGCCCCAGUUCCCACCCGGAGCAGCCGGAGCUUCCCAGGCCCCCCAGGUUUGGGUCCGAUGCCCCCAACCCCCCCCUUUUCCCGGGAUGAUCCCGGGGCAGUUUGCCGGGAUCCAGGCGGGUUCCAGGGGCGAGUUCCACUCCCACUUAGGGACUCCCAGUCCCAGGGCUGGGGGGUCUGGAGCAGGGGCCCCCCUGGGAUGGGAUCCCCCUGGGAUGAAGGGAUCCCAGGGCCGGGGCAGCAGCGAGAACCAAAAAUCCCGGGCUGAGCCCCCCCCUCGGAGCUGGGGACCCCCAACCACAGCCCCCGUGCCCAGGGGGCCCCCCGGCUGCAGCCCCCCCCCUCGGUGCUGAGAGCCCCCAGCCCAGCCCAGCCCCCCCCCGCGGGGGUCCCACUCCCCCGGCCCAGGAUGCAUAAAAGGCCCCUCGGGGCCGCCCCGAGGGCGAAACCAAAGCUGUUCCUUUGUACGGACACACUCUCACCUCAGCAGCGCCGCUGCCCCUCCCGCCUCUCUUGGGGACAUUUUCCCGUUUUUGGGGAUUUUAUCCCUUCUUUCCCCCUCCUUUUUGCUCUCCGUGACGGCCUCUGGUGGCGGGGGGAGGUGGGGGGUGGCUGAAGGAGGGGGGUCCCCCCAUUCCCAGCCACCCAUAACGGGGUGCCCACGGCACCCCCCUCCCCCCCCAGCGCCCAAACCAACCCAAAAAAGGGGUUUUUUAAUCCAAAUCGAAGCUCUGCCGUUUCCAGCCCCUCUUGGGUUGGUUGGUUGUUUUUUUUUCCCCCCCCCUUUUUCCGUUUUCUUUUUUUUUUUCCCCUGUCGGAGUCUGAAACAAAACUGUAGGAAUUUUGUAAAACCUCCAGGUCGCUUUAUCCCUGUAAAUAUCUAUUUUUUAAUCCGAUGGAUGAAGAACAAACGAGGAUGUGCAAUACCCCGCCUCCCCCAGGAGUUUUUUGGUUGUCUCUCGUUAAUGGAUUCGCUGUUGUCUUUGCUUUGCCCUUUUUUGUGAGGUUUUGACUCGCUUUUGGACACCCCCUGUCCCCCCUCCUCCCCAACCCCCCCCCAGGAGCUUUUGUAUCUGUAAAAUAUUGUAAUUAAUGAUUUGUGUAACGAGAUCUACUGUAAGUUUUGUACUGUACUGGCUGAGGGUCUGUUAUAAAUAAACCGGAGUAAUUUAA